AUGCAGGCCGUUAUCGAGCUACUUGGGAAUCCAGAUAACGCGGAAGGGUUCAUGCUCCGACCACGUCAAGUGAACACAGCGGCAGGGCGAGUUUACACCACUUUGGAAACCGCGACGUUCGGGGAGUAUGCUCACACGGCAGCAGAGGCGGAGUUUGGACCUGGCGCGGUGGUGGUUCCGCUCAUCCUCUCGAGUGAUGCGACCAUUCUAAGCGGCACAUGCAGACCAUGUAUCCCGACGCUCACCUCGCCCUCCCGGGUCUGGCAGCUACUGGGCCAGCGGCGCAAACUUCACCGCCAGCGAGCACGCCGGCGCCAUGAUGGUGCCCGCGCUGUCGUGUCGCAGCUUGCACCGUUCGCGCUCGAGGGGGAGGGGGAGAUCGUCAACAGGCUGGCGCUCAUGACUGAGCUUGAGCGGCACGAGGCUGGCGUGCGUGCUCCAAGUCACUCUGACGUGUCCCUUGGAGACUUUGAGCAGGCGACAAAGAGGCGCGCCGGGUUACCGAGCCAGUACUCGGCGGCUGUGUACGAGAACGCUCACAUCCGUACUUGCAAGCUGCCUUACAGGACAUCCAACCGCCGCCAGUCCCUGCAGGCGAUAACCGCGCACAACGUGCGUGCCGCUGCGCUAGCGCGGCUGACAACGACUCUCCCGUCCCGCAGGCGCAACCAGACGGCCUUGACCCGGAUAAGGGCUAUUGCGUCGGGCACCCCUCAGCUGACGGCAACACGGAAGUCCCUGACUGCGUGGCCCGACCAUGACCUUGAAGCGGGCUCAGUUUUUGAGGAGAUCAACCAGGCCGUCGGGGGGCUCCUAAUGGACUACGACACUGUGAUGCGCCAUGCCGGCCUGCGCCCCUUCCCAGCCUGGACCCAGUACGGACGGCUGCUCAUGCUUCUGGAUGCAGAGCGUCCGCUGGACGACCUCAACCAUGAGCCGGCAGAGGUGGCCGUGCUGCAGAGGCUGCCCCCCCAGGGCCUUGACCAGUGCACAGGCUGCCAGAUGCUCGGCCCACCCGAGUAUUAUCGGGGGCUGGUUGUUGUCCCCAUCUCCCAGCUCCGCCGCGCAGUCCACUGCGUGCCGUCGUUCAAUGAGCCAGACCUCUGGUACCUCAACAAGAAAGAUGCACCCUUAAAUGUAGUGGGAAAGGGAUCCGCGGGAAAUGGCGUGGAAGGAAAGGGCGCAGCAGGCAAGGACGCAACGGGCAAGGGUCCAGGCAAGGGCGGAGCGGGAGCUACCGCAGCACGUAAGGGCGCGGAGAGCAAGGGCGCAUCAGGCAAGGGCGCGUCGGGCAAGGUCGAGGAAGGCAAGGGCGCGGCGGGCAAGGUCGCGGAAGGCAAGGGCGCCGCGGGCAAGGUCGCGGAAGGCAAGGACGCAACUGGCGCUGGCGCAGCGAAUAAGGGCGCGGCGAAGAAGGGCGCAGCAGGCAAGAGCGCAGCAAACAAGGGCGCGACAGACAAGGGCGCAGCAGACAAGGGCGCAGCAGACAAGGGCACAACGAACGCAAAGCACGAGGCGCGUCCUCAGAUGGCCGCGCCGCCUCACACGGCCGCGCCGCCUCACAUUGCUACGGCUGAGGAUGUGGCGAUCCACACUGUGAAGACGGCAUCGAACAACCAUCCUGCUGGGUCGAACGCCCAGCGCGCCGCGCGUCCUCAUAUGGUGAUGGCUGAGGACGUGGCAAUCCACACCCUGAAGACGUCACCGGGCAAUCAUCCUGCUGCGUCGAACGCACAAUUGCGCCAACCCAGCGCGCGUUCUCACAUGGCGACGGCUGAGGACGUGGCGAUAAUUCGCCCGGGAUCUGCUAAGACAACGGCGAUAAGGAAGAACGACAACGACAGAGACGGCGGCAGGAACAAUGACAGCGACCGGGUCGAUGACAAUGAGAAGGAUAAUGACAACGAUGCAGUGCAGUGGCAUGGGGGGGAGAGCAGCAGCACGCGCAUGAAUGUUGGCAGCAAGGGAAAGCGACGGGGCAGGACUCAUGGCACCAUCAAGAGAGCAUCAUCCCUCUUUUCUCGGUUCAGCGACAGCCGUGGCUGGGAGCCUCGCAGCAAUCAGCGCACUGGGCUGGACAAGGCACCGCAGUUUUGCAUGGCGACAAGCAGCGAUGUGAUCCUACCCAGGAGUGGGACUCAGGGCACCGCCAAGGGAGCACCCUCCCCCGUGUCUCGCCUCAACAACAACAAUGUUUGGGAGCUUGAGGACAAUCAGCGCACUGGGUUCCAUAAAGCACUGCAGUUUCGCAUGGGGACGAGCAGCGAUGUGGCCAUUCACAGGAGCGUGGUGCAAGGCGCAGACCGUGGUGUGAACUAUGGGAAUGAGCGGCUGGGUGUACAAGCUAAGGGCGGCAAUUGCGAUGGUGAUAACAACGGAGGCAGCAGCGGCGUUGACAAUGGCAGCGGCAGCGGCAGCAAUGGAGGAGGAGGGCCGAUUGAUAUCGGCGUGAUCCUGGAGGUGCACAACGCGGCGCGGCGGGAGGUGGGGGUGGCGGAUCUGGCAUGGGAGGACGGCGUGGCAGCAGCAGCGCAGGAGUGGGCGGACCAGCUCGCCUCCGCGGGGUGCCCGCUGCAGCACGGCGGCGCGGAAGGGCUCGGGCAGAACCUGUACUGGCGCUCGCCGGCAGCGCUGACCCCCGAGGAGGAUCGCAUGGCGGUGCAGGCGUGGGUGGAUGAGAAGGCGGAUUGGACUCCCAGCCCCGUGCCCGAGGGGUGUGUGGAGGGGCGGAUGUGCGGGCAUUACACGCAGGUGGUGUUGGCGGGAACGACCCAUGUGGGGUGUGCGUUGGCGCAAUGCCCUGAUGGGGGUGGCAUGUGGGUGUGUGAUUACUCGCCCCAGGGGAACAUCAUUGGGUCCAGUCCGUUUUAG